AUGGAUCCUUCCUUGCCCACUGUUUUAAAUUCUGAACAACGUCAUCAAUUAUCUGUUGCUUUAAUUACUAUCGAUCCUUCUCUUGUAGAACCAUUUCAAGAUGCGCAUAGUGCUAUACAUGAAACUCAAUCCGAAAAAUUACUUCAUCUUAGACAUAAGCUUCAAAGAAUGGUAAUAAAAUCCAAGGUACAAGAUAUGGGAAAGAUCAAUGAAGUAUUUACUGAAGUGGAAAAUUUCCCUAUCACUAUUCCUUUGUUGAAGGAAAUUAAAAUUGGAAAACUUAUGAAAAAAGUCACUGAAUUAAAAAUCGAGCCUGAUCAAUAUAAUAUCAAGGAUCGAAGCAAUGAAUUAAUUAGAAAGUGGAAGUUUUUGUUGGAUACACCCACUCAAGAAGGUACGGGAGAAGAUGCAUCACCCAAGAUGGUUGCUCAAGGUGAAGGAGAAUCGCCGCAACAUGUAGCUGUUAAACAUGAAGACAUUAACCAACCUUUACCAGAUGAGCAAGAAGUUGAUGUCAAAAACGAAGAGCAAGAUCGAGUUGAAAAUAAUGGAAUUAAAACAGAAAGAAUUCCAGCUGCUAUGGAACUAGAAAAAACAGAGGAUCUACCGAUAGCAAAUGAAGAUGACAAGCAUGUAACAGAGGAGGUUGUCACGAACGGAUCCUCACCUGCAGCUAACAACCAAGGUGUAUCUAUUCAAGAAAAGGAAGUAGUUCACAAUAAGUCUCCUGAAUUAAUGACGAACGCAGUGUUAUCUAAUGUCGCGUCUAAUCAAGAAAUUCAGGAAUCAAACACAACACUUAUUAAAACGAUUAAGAAUUAUCUAGCAGGCAAAGACUACAAGUUUUAUGCUGCUGCGUCUGCUACAGUAAUAUUGGCUGGAAUUGGCCUAUACUUCUUUUGGACUCCAAAAUCCCCAAAACCAAAAACACAUAAACCGUCAAAUCGGCCGAAAAAAAAAACAAAACGACCAGAAAGUGCGGAGUCAGCAAGAGACAGAGGAACCAGAAAUAGAGAGGAGGAUGCUGAAGCUGAAGAAUUUGAAAAGUAUUCCACUGAACAAAUCACUGCAUUACCUAGAGAGAAACGUGUCACUGCUUCAAAAUUACUUAAAGACCGAGGGAAUGUUGAAUUCGGAAAAAAAAAUUACCAGAAGGCUAUAAAACUCUACACCCAAGCGAUUGCUUUUAAUCAGGAUGACCCUAUUUUUUACAGCAAUCGAGCUGCAUGUUUUUAUAACACAAAUGACUACUUAAGGGUCAUAGAUGAUUGUAAUAGCGCGUUAGAAAUGGACCCUUGUUACGUUAAAGCUCUAAAUAGGCGUGCGAUGGCAUAUGAACAAACUGCACGUUAUGAAGAGUCAUUACAUGAUUUCACCGCAGCUUGCAUUAUCGGUGAGUUCAAGAACGAAAAUGCUACUACUUCAAUUGAUCGCCUCUUGAAAAAAGUGGCUAGCAUCAAAGCUAAAGAAAUUAUCAAGAACCGGAAAAAGCACCUACCAUCAACAAAAUUCAUUUCAUCAUAUCUAGAUACAUUCCGGAAAGAACCCAUUGAUCAAGAUACUGAGGCCAAUAAUGGACUGGAAAAUACCAACUCCAUUGAAUUUUCUGAUCAAGAUUUGGAAAGUAAUGCAGAUGAUUUAUUUGAUGCAGCAGAACGUUUUGUACGACAACAACGAUAUGAAGAAGCUAUGAAUGCAUAUGAAAAAGCUAUAAAUCUUGGAUGUACUAAGAUGGCCAAGGCUCUCAAUUUGAGAGGUACCUUCACUAAUUUAAUGGGUGAUUCACGGAGUGCUUUGGCAGAUUUCCAGAAGGCUCUCGAUUUAAAACCAGAUUAUGUUCAACUUUAUGUAAAGCGAGCUACAAUUUACACGGAACAAGGCAAUAUAGAUGAAGCAUUGAAGGAAUUUGAUAAAGCCAUAAAUAUAGACCCAAGUGAUCCUGAUAUAUAUUAUCAUAGAGGCCAAAUUCACUUUCUUCACAAUGACUUUAAUAUGGCUGUUAAAGAUUAUCAGCGCAGAAUUGAGCUCGAUCCGGAUUUUGUAUUUGCAUAUAUUCAGCUUGCUAUAGCUCAAUAUAAAAGUGGAUCAGUUGAAGAUGGGAUGAAAACUUUCCAGCAAGGAUUACAAAAAUUUCCUAGAUCUGCUGAAAUGCAUAAUUACUAUGGAGAACUCCUUGCAGAGCAACGACGUAUCGAUGAAGCCAUUGAGCAAUUUGACGAGGCCAAUGAAUUACAAACUGGAAAUUUUGCGUUGCCAUUAGUUAAUAAGGCAAUGCUUUGCUUCCAUGUGAAGGGUGAUUCGGCUUUGGCAGAAGAUUACUGUCGUCAAGCGCUAGAAAUUGAGCCUGAGAGCGAUAUUGCUAAUACGAUUAUGAGUGAAAUAUUACUUGCCAGAGGAAAUUUGGAGGAUGCACUACAAUGUCUUGAAAAAUAUCAAGAAGUAGCACGUACUGAGGCAGAACUACAAGGUUUACUAGAAUAUGCUGAG